GCAGUCACGUGACCUCAAACGUCAACAACGAAAUGGCAGCCUCCUGUUUUGUAAAUUAACACAAGGUCCAGCUGGUGAAGAAGCUCUUUAAAAAUAUAUUAUUUUUUCUUGCCUUCUUCGACCCCAAAGACUCACAUCUCCAAGACCGAACCAGCGGACACAGCCAUGUCUCCAAAGAUCACUGGAGAUCUGCUGAGGCAGCUUCGCCAGGCGAUGAAGAACUGCAAAUACUUCGCUGAGCCAAUACAGGCAUACAUCAUUCCUUCUGGAGAUGCCCACCAGAGUGAAUAUAUUGCGCCAUGUGACUGCAGACGUGAGUUUAUCUGUGGAUUUAAUGGCUCCGCAGGUACAGCCAUUGUCACAGAGCAGUAUGCUGCAAUGUGGACAGAUGGGCGAUAUUUCCUCCAGGCCACCCAGCAGAUGGACAACAACUGGACCCUUAUGAAGAUGGGACUGAAAGAGACACCAUCUCAGGAGGACUGGCUCAUUACCGUGCUGCCAGAGAACUCCAAAGUGGGAGUAGAUCCUUGGAUCUAUGCUGCUGACCAGUGGAAGAACAUGUCCACAGCGCUGACCAGUGCAGGCCACUCUCUGGUGGCGGUGCAGGAGAACCUGAUUGAUGCAGUUUGGACCAACCGUCCUAAGAGACCCAGCACACAGCUCCGCACCCUGGGAUUAGAGUACACUGGUGUGUCCUGGCAGGAUAAGAUCACCGCUUUGCGAGCCAAGAUGACCGAGAGGAAACUCAGCUGGUUUGUUGCCACAGCAUUGGACGAGAUUGCAUGGCUCUUUAACCUCCGUGGUGCUGACAUCGAGUACAACCCAGUUUUCUUUGCAUACACUGUUGUGGGAAUGAACACAAUAAGACUCUUUAUUGACCCAAACCGCCUCUCUGAUCCUGCGUUGAGAGACCACCUGCAGCUGGACUCCCCCAGCAAGCCUGAGCUGAGCAUCCAGACGUUCCCAUACGAGUUGGUCUCCUCUGAGCUCCAGGCCAUCUGCGCUGCACUCGGCCCCAAGGACAAAAUGUGGAUCUGCGACAAGGCCAGUUGUGCUCUCACGCAGGUCAUCCCCAAGUCUCACAGGUCUCCAAUUCCCUACACCCCACUCUGCCUUGCCAAGGCUGUGAAAAACGCCACUGAGAUUCAAGGCAUGAAAAUGGCCCAUAUCAAGGAUGCCGUCGCCCUUUGUGAGCUCUUUGCCUGGUUGGAAAAGGAGAUUCCUAAAGGCACCGUGACUGAGAUCUCUGCUGCUGACAAGGCUGAAGAAUUCCGCAGUCAACAGAAAGAUUUUGUCGGCCUCAGUUUCCCCACAAUCUCCAGCGUUGGUCCAAAUGGAGCGAUCAUACAUUACAGACCACUGCCCGAGACCAACAGAACCCUCACCGAGAAUGAAGUUUACCUGAUUGACUCUGGAGCUCAAUAUGUUGAUGGAACCACAGAUGUGACACGCACCGUGCACUUUGGGACACCGUCUGCUUUUGAGAAGGAGUGCUUUACGUAUGUAUUGAAGGGACACAUAGCCGUCAGCGCUGCUGUUUUCCCCAAUGGAACCAAAGGCCACCUUUUGGAUUCAUUUGCCCGCGCAGCCCUGUGGGAGUCCGGCCUGGACUACCUUCACGGGACAGGCCACGGCGUGGGCUGCUUCCUCAAUGUCCACGAGGGGCCCUGCGGCAUCAGCUACAAGACGUUCGCCGAUGAACCUCUGGAGGCUGGCAUGAUCGUCAGUGAUGAACCUGGAUAUUAUGAAGAUGGAUCUUUUGGCAUUCGCUUGGAAAAUGUGGUCCUUGUCGUACCAACGAAGCCCAAAUACAACUACAGAAACAGAGGGAGUCUGACAUUUGAGCCCCUCACUCUGGUCCCUAUCCAAGUGAAGAUGAUGGACACAGAGCUGCUCACGCAGAAGGAGCGUGACUGGGUGAACGACUACCACAGGAAGUGCAGGGAGGUGGUUGGAGCAGAGCUGGAGAGGCAGGGCAGGAAGGAGGCGCUGGAGUGGCUGAUCAGAGAGAGCCAGCCAAUCGUCUGAGGACUGAUCCAAUCAUGUUGAGAGGGAUUAUGGUCAAUUGCUCAGCAGUGAUAAUCUUUUGUAUUUUUCUCAUUUUUCUCUGUGUCUCACACUUGGCUUCUUUUUGUAAAGUACAUUGUAUCAGCAGUUUAAUUAAAGAUCAAUGAAAUUGCUUAA